AUGAGCGCUCCCCCGACGCCACCUCCCGGGGGCGAGGAAAGACUCGAGACGGCCUGGCCCCCCGCGACCAAUGCCAGCGGCACCCCGGCGGCGACGGAGGAGGCGGUGGCGGCGGGGACGGUAGCCAUCCAGUGCGUCUCUGCGCUGGUGUGCGUGGUGGGCAACGCCCUGGUCAUCUUCAUGAUCCUCCGCUACGCCAAGAUGAAGACGGCCACCGACAUCUACCUGCUGAACCUGGCUGCGGCCGACGAGCCCUUCAUGCUGAGCGUGCCCUUCGUGGCCUUGUCGGCCGCCCUGCACCACUGGCCCUUCGGCCCGGCGCUGUGCCGCGCGGUGCUUAGCGUGGACGGCCUCAACUCAUUCCCCAGCGUCUUCUGCCCGGCCGUGCUCAGCGUGGACUGCUACCUGGCUAUGGUGCACCCGCUGCGCGCUGCCACCUGCCGCCGGCCCGGCGUGGCCAGACUGGUCGGGGGUGUGUGGCUGUCGUCCUCGCUGGUCACCCAGACCAUUGCCGCCUUCGCCGACACCAGGCCAGCUCGCGGCGGCCGGGCUGUGGCCUGCAACCUGCACUGGCCACACCCAGUGUGGUCGGUGGUCUUCAUGGUCUGCACUUUCCUGCUGGGCUUCCUGCUGCCCGUCGGCCUGUGCUGCGUGCUCAUCGUGGGCAAGAUGUGGGCGCUGGCGCUACCGGCCGGCUGGCAGCAGCGGAAGUGCUCGGAGAAGAUCAUGGGGCUGGUGCUGGCGCUGGCGGCCGUCUGCGUGCUCUGCUGGCUGCCUUUCUACGCGGUGCAGCUGCUGAAUCUCUCUGUGACGGGCCUGGAUGUCCCCGUCCACCACGUGUCCUUCAUCCUCAGCCAGGCCAACAGCUGCGCCAACCCCAUCCUCUGCGGCUUCCUCUCUGACAACUUCCGCAGGUCCUUCCAGCGGGUUCUCUGCCUGAGCUACUGUCUCCUGGAUGCCUUUGGUGGUGCAGACCAAGAGCCACUGGACUACUGUGCCACCACCCUCAAGAGCAGAGGGGGCGCAGGAGUCUCAUGCCCCCCACUACCCUGCCAGCAGGAGCCCAGGCAACCAGAACCCAGCCGCAAGCAGGUCCCCCUCACCAGGACCACCACCUUCUGAGAUGCCCUCACCACCCACCCAGCGAGGCCACCUCCAAGGGAUCUGCACCACCUACAGCCCAGCAGACCGCCCGUGCUGCAUGCU